CCGGGUCCUUAAUACACCAACCUGGGUGUGCCCAUUUCUUUGACCAAUUGGCCUGGAAUGGUCUUCCAUUGAUGGGAUUUUCAAAGUGGACACGAAUCCCAAUGAUCCCAAUCAGACCAAGAGAGGUCGUUUUUUUCUCAUGGCUUCUAGUUCUCCUGGCCCGUGGGAGCGAAUUGAGAAUCAAAACAAAACAACGUGAGGCGAUUGAGGCGAUUGAGUGAAUAUAGAGGGAGAGUGAAUCACUUUCCUACCAUCGAUCGAGCAUUGCGAGCGAGUGAGUGGCCUUGUGUGCAUUGGUUUGGUGACCUCAAGACCUCAAGGGAUUACUGAUCAGGCAUUAUGGCAGAAAUCGUGCAACAAAACUUGGAAUCCAUGAUUCCAGAGUUGGAGCAAAUCCAACGGGUUGAACUCCUCUCGGAAGUGGAAGUCAAACAAUUGAUCAAGAAUCGCAAGAAAUUGGAGUACCGCUUGCAGAAGCGGGAAAAGAGAAAAGAGGAUUUUUUAGAGUACAUCCAGUAUGAGCUGGCCUUAUUGGCCUUAUUAGAGAUGCGUCGGGAAAAGACGGGCUACUUUCACAAGAAGGAUGAGAUCGAAUUCGCCAUCGCCAAACGCAUCAAUCGCAUGUUCAGGAUCACCGAGCAUCGAUUCGGCCACGAAAUCAAGAUCUGGUUGUCUCACAUUGACUUCCUUAAAAAGAUGAAGUGGGACGCCGCAGUGGGACGCAUCUACCGUCGCAUGCUCAAAGUCCACGUCCAUGAGAUUGGCCUGUGGGUGGCGGCCGCCAAAUAUGAGAUGGAGGAGUGUGGACGGUCCGAAAAUGCCCGACAGGUCAUGUUUGAGGCCCUCAGGUUUCAUCCCAAGUCUCAGACACUCUAUCGAGAGUACUUUCGUUUGGAGCUCAUUUACGUGGAACAGCUACGAAAGAGAGCCUCGGUUCUAGGUGGAGAUCUUCAGGAGGUGGUUGAAGAUCACAGGGAUCAAGUCCUCAAUGGCGAGGUGGCCAAAAUCGUCUUCUCCACCGCCGCUGAAGUCAUUCCGGACUCGGCGUUUUUGGCGUCGCUUAUCCCAAUAGCGGCUAAAUUUGAUUUCGCCGCUCAGCUGAUUGAGGACAUUGAAAGCCAUCUCAAGGCCAAUUAUGCCGACAGUCCGUCCAUGUGGAAUGCCUUAGGCCGAUCGUUCCUUGUCCAGCCGGCGAAAGGAUCGUCGACUCUGAGUCAGUUUCAAAAGUGUAUGGAGCUCUACGAGGAGGGCUUGGCCUCUGAUCGGCUUCAAAACAAGCUCAAGCUUGUGCACUAUUUUGUGGAGACCUUGGGCGAGUUGUGGAAUCUGUCGUGUUCUGGCCAAAAAAUACAAGCCAGCAAAGGAGACUUGAGCGAGCAAUUCAUGACCACCUUGAGCGAGUAUUUGGCUGACAAGCAGUUGAAAACCUUGGAAGAAGCCCGCGAUCAAGGAUGGUUUUCCCUUGAGGAGGGCCAUGAUCAACAAAAACAACAUCAAGAUGAGCAUUGGGUGGACUCGUUGAGGGAUCUAUUGGAUGUAUUGGCUAACGAACGGACCAGCUUGGCUCAAUGACCAGACAGGCAGGCAGGCAGGCAUCGGAGGAAGGUAACAAAUCCAGUCGAAAUCGUGGAUGAUCAACUCAUGCAAAUAAAACAGAAUUGAGCCCACCCA